UAUGUUUCACGGAUUAAUUACCCUCAACAAAUUUUUUUUUUUGUAGAUUUUCUUUGUAAAAAAAAAAGGGUCUAAAAGUAAUAAAAAUAGCAUUUGAUUUUGUGCUUAGAGUUAAGAGUGAUCAAACUAAAUGCUCAGACCAAAGACCUUCCGUGAACCGCUGACCGCUCUCCUCCUCUCCUUCCACCAUCACAACCUGAGACCCUUAACCACCGCUGCCACCACCUCCACCGCCACAACUCUUCCUCAUCCCACCAGUCCCAUAACACCAAUAAACGAAGCCCACCUUCUCAGAGUCUGCACAAUCCUGUACCAACAACAGAACUCCCCAGGCACCAAACUCCACAACAGCCUCACCAGCACCCCUUUCCACCUAACCCAUGAAUUUUUCCUCCAAGUCUGCAACAAAUUCCCAUAUUCAUGGAGACCCGUCUACAAAUUCCACCAAUUCACCCAAAGCCAACCCCAUUUUCACCACACCUCCAUCACCUUCAACAAGAUGCUUGAUGUCGUUGGCAAGGCAAGAAACAUAGACCUUCUCUGGAACUUGCUUCAAGAAAUCGGCCGUCUUCGGUUGGUUACUACUAAAACUUAUAUCAUUGCUUUGAAAGUGCUAGCUUCUGCUAGAGAAUUAAAGAAAUGCGUCGAGCUUUUCCAUAUUAUGAAUGGGCUUGGAUUUGUUUGCAGUUUGGAUACUCUGAAUAAGGUAGUUGAGGCUUUGUGUAAGGGAAAACUUGUUUUGGAGGCUAAUCACGUUGUAGUCAAGUUGAAAGAUAUUAUUAGGCCGAAUUGGAUUACCUAUAGGUGGCUGAUUUAUGGUUUUUGUGAUGUGGGGAAUUUGAUUGAGGCCUCAAAGUUGUGGAAUUUGAUGGUAGAUGAAGGCUUUGAGCCAGACAUCGAUACAGUUGAGAUAAUGCUGGAGACCCUUUUUAAAAAUAAUAAGUUUGGUGAUGGGAUGAAGCUUCUUCAGUCAAUGAGGGUGAAGAGGAUAGACGAUUUGGGGGUGUCUACGUAUCGGCUUGUGAUCCACUGGUUGUGCAAGAAGGGGAAGUUGGCGGAAAGUUAUGUGGUGUUUGAGGAAAUGCGUGAGAGAGGAAUUAAACCGGAUAAUGCUACGUUGGGGUCUAUAGUUUAUGGGCUAAUGAGUAGAGGAAGGGUGAGGGAGGCUUAUAAGGUUGUUGAUGGGAUCGAAGAACCGGAUAUUAGUGUUUAUCAUGGGAUGAUCAAGGGGCUUUUGAGAUUAAAAAGUGCAAGUGAAGCAACACAAGUGUUUAGGGAGAUGAUAAAGAAGGGCUGUGAGCCAACAAUGCAUACGUAUGUUAUGUUGCUGCAAGGACAUUUGGGGAAGCGAGGGAGGAAGGGAUCUGAUCCGUUAGUGAAUUUUGAUACCAUUUUCGUUGGGGGUUUGGUGAAAGCAGGGAAGUCUUUGGAAGCAACCAAAUAUGUGGAGAGAGUGAUGAAUAGAGGACUUGAAGUCCCAAGGUUUGACUACAAUAAGUUCUUGCAUUAUUAUUCCAAUGAAGAAGGUGUGAUAAUGUUUGAGGUGAUGAAUAAGAAGCUAAGAGAGGUUGGGUUGUUUGAUCUAGCUGAUAUAUUUGCUAGGUAUGGGGAGAAAAUGGCAACGAGGGAUCGAAGGAGAAACAGAACAGUUGAGCCAAUUGAAUAGAGUUGAAAGAGUACGCUUUUUACUGGCUUGUUAUGUGUAAAGGCCAUUUCAGAUUGUUCUUGAAGGUCAAGUUAGGAAAGUGGAUCUGGUACGGUGGCUUUUGAAAAUAUGUUGCUUGAACUGCAAUUCCCAUUUUGCAGAUGUGGUACUCCUUGUACAAAAAGAAAUACCCCAUUUCUGGCCAG